AUGUUUGCGCUCAGGAACUCUGUACGACAGAUCCCUCGGUGGACACAGAUUCGGUCUGUGUCAACUUUGGAAGGCAAUCCUCACAUAUAUGUCUUCCCCAAGAACGGCACCAAUAUACUGUCCUUACUUCCCUCAGAGCCUACAAACCCCGACCUGGCCAUUGGAGUAACAUCCAAACUACCUCCGACGCCUGACUCGUUCAAAGAGAACGCCAAGUUCCUGCAGGUUUUGCAAGAUGUUAUGACUGAGCACGGCUACAAAGACCCCGACGCUAUCUCUCAAGCACAAGUGAUGGUGUCUACCUCCGGGGCUAAUCUGAGCACUGGUGGAGUGCUCUUGACUGGUGGGCGUGCAAGGAAGCGCCGCAGUGAAGGCGAUUCCAGUGGCGGUGCCAGUGGCCAAGGCGGUGUUGGGUCUGCUGGAAGGGGUGGAUGGAUUCAUCUCUCGGAUAACCGCAGGCCACCUGAAUAUGGCCGUAUUGCUUGGCCUGAGGAUAUCUUUGGGAGCUUGGAAGUUGAUGGGGAAGGCAACUUCGUUGGUGGAAAUGGCAACUACCAGCCUAGUGGGACGUAUCGCGUUGUGACUCGGGACGGAAUUCUGGGUUUGAGCCCUUUCUUGAGAGAAAAACUGGUGCAAAAGCUGCGCCAACACGAGACAGGAUCAUUUUCUGUUGGUAGUGACCAUGUACAAUAG